AUGACGAAAUCCGCCUCCUUCGACGUAAUAGGCACCUGCUUCGCCUUCUCCGCCCCCAUCACCACCAUCCAAUCGCGCCUCGGCCCCAAACUCACCACCGCAGCCGUAGAUCCCAAGACCCUCUUCUUCAGCUGGUUCUACGCCGCGCAGCGCGACUUCACAUAUGUCUCCAUGAGCGGCUCCUACGUGCCCAUUGCGCAAGUCCUCAAGUCGACUUUCCGCCGCGCAUGCGCUGUUGUGGACCUACCCCUCGACGCCAUCACCGACGAGGAUGUUGAGGAAGUUAUGAAAGCGUUUAAAGCCAUGGGGCCGCGUGAUGGGUUGAAGAAGUGUUUUGAUGGGUUGAGAGAGGCGGGGUGGGAUGUUUAUGGUGUUACGAAUGGGGGGUCGGAGACGAGUUUGGCGUAUUAUCACAAUGCGGGGAUUGAGCUGGAUGCAGAGCAUUUGCUUAGUUGUGAUGCUAUCAAGAUUGCGAAACCAGACGUUAGGGUGUAUGAGAAUGCGGAUAGGCAUCUGACCGACAGGGGGUUGGCGAAGGGAGACGGGGAGAGGUGGUUUGUUGCGGCACAUGCGUGGGAUCUGAUUGCGGCAAGGAAGGCUGGGUUCAAGACGGCAUAUUUGGACUUUGAGGAGCAUGAUCCGUGUACGGAUGUCUUCGGCGAGUUCGAUUUGUAUGCAUCUAGUAUGGAGGAUUUGUUGGUCAAGUUGAAGGAGAGGCAGUGA